CACUGUCGGACCUGACGUAAUGUUGAAUUAAGAAAAAGACUUUAUCAGAAGAUGGCCACUGCACAAUUACAGAGGACUUCCAUGAGUGCAUUGGUGUUUCCCAGUAAGAUAUCAACAGAGCAGCAGUCUUUAGUGUUAGUGAAGAGGCUCCUAGCAGUGUCAGUAUCCUGCAUCACCUAUUUGAGAGGAAUAUUUCCAGAAUGUGCUUAUGGAACAAGAUAUCGAUGGAUGCUAGGAUGCUAUGAUGCUUUACAAAAAAAAUACCUAAGGAUGGUUGUUCUAGCUGUAUACACCAAUCCAGAAGACCCUCAGACAAUUUCAGAAUGUUACCAAUUUAAGUUCAAGUACACUAAUAAUGGACCAAUCAUGGACUUCAUAAGUAAAAACCAAAACAGUGAUUCCAGCAUGUCAUCUGCUGAUACCAAGAAAGCAAGUAUUCUUCUCAUCCGCAAGAUUUAUAUUCUAAUGCAAAAUCUGGGACCUUUACCUAAUGAUGUUUGUUUGACCAUGAAACUUUUUUACUAUGACGAAGUUACACCCCCAGAUUACCAGCCUCCUGGUUUUAAGGAUGGUGAUUGUGAAGGAGUGAUAUUCGAAGGGGAGCCUAUGUACUUAAAUGUGGGAGAAGUUCCAACACCUUUUCACACUUUCAAAGUAAAAGUGACUACUGAAAAAGAACGAAUGGAAAAUAUUGAUUCAGCUAUUCUAUCACCAAAACAAUUAAAAACACCACUUCGGAAAAUUCUCAUGGACAAAGAUGAUCUAGAAGAUGAACAGGAGCAUUAUUUAAGUGAUGAUUUUGACAUCGAAACUAAAAUGGAAAAGCAGAAAAAAAACCCUGGAUCUUCUGAACUUGGAGAACCAAGUUUAGUUUGUGAGGAAGAUGAAAUUAUGAGGUCUAAGGAAAGUCGAGAUCUUUCAAUUUCUCAUUCUCAGGUUGAACAGUUAGUCAGUAAAACAUCUGAACUUGAGGUAACUGAAAGCAAAACAAGAAGUGGAAAAAUCUUUCAGAAUAAAAUGGCUAAUGGAAAUCAACCAGUAAAAUCUUCUAAAGAAAAUCAGAAGAGAAAUCAACUGAUAUCUGGGAAAACAGUCCCUCAUCACUUUGAUACUUCUGGUCAAGAGCCAGUGCCAAAAAGAAGAAAGUUUAGUGAACCAAAGGAACAUAUAUGAAAAUUAAUUCUUCUGCAUGUUUGCAACAUUCUCAACAUUUAAACUAAAGGACACUGUAUUACUAUUUUAAUGUGUAUUUGCCCUACCUGUGAAAACUUAUAGGUAGUCUUAAGCAGCUAGUACACUAAACUGAAUUUUUAG